UACUACUGGGCACUGGCAUUUGGCAAACGAUAAUAUAAUUUUCAUAAUUUCAUAUUUUUCAGAAUUCAGAAAUAUACAAUGGAGUCGACGAAUCACGAAUUAAAAGAAAUUACGCAAAUUUUUUAAAGGCACGCGUUAAUUGAUAAAUAUUUUUGAUCAAAACAAACAAAGCUUUGUUUGAUUUGCGCUUUUGAAGUAAUUUAAAUUAGCCUAACUUUACAAAACCACUACAAGAGUGUAUUACAAUUACCAGUGUAACAUCGUAAUUCUCUCAUUGCGUCAAACGCGUACCAGAAACCAUGAACGUCUAUUGUGUUAUGAAUCAUAAGGUUAGGGGUUAGUGGUUAGUGGUAUGUGUAAUUAAGUAGUUGAUUCGUGUACGAUAGCGUCGGGCGUUGACUUCUCUGAUAGGAAUCCGGUAGUGAGUAAUCGAUGGAAACAUGAUUGAGAGUGUAUCGCGCCGUGCAUUUAGUAGUUCCAGUGGUACAUAUAACGUGCGAGCAUCCGAGCUCGCGAGAGAACGAAAGCUAAAUAUUUUCAAUGUCACUGUGCUGUUUUUGGAUGACACCCAACAAUCCUUUCAAAUCGAGAAAAAGGCAAAGGGUAGCACUCUUCUUGAGCUAGUGUUCCAACAUCUAGAUCUAAUUGAGAAGGAUUAUUUUGGAUUACAAUUUACUGAGAAUGGUUCACCACCUAGUGCAACAAAUACUGAAAUAACCCGCUGGUUGGAUAGCAGUAAAUCAGUAAAGAAACAAGUUGGUGUCAACGCUCAGUUCUGGCUUUCUGUCAGGUUCUACCCUCCAGAACCGUGCCGACUUGCCGAGGAGUUCACGAGAUAUUUACUCUGCUUACAAUUGAGAAAGUUAUUGCUCGAUGGUCGCAUGAUUGCUCCGAGAAACACCGCUCUUUUGCUCGCUUCUUUUACUGUGCAAGCGGAAUUAGGAGAUUACAAUACGACAGAGCAUACAAACAGCUAUCUCUCAGAAUUGUGCCUUAUUCCCAAACAAAGUGCGGAGGACGAACGGCGUAUACGCGAGUUGCAUAAAUUGCACAAAGGCCAGUCACCAGCAGAUGCUGAGGCAAACUUUUUAGAGCACGCUAAGAGGCUUGAUUGCUAUGGUGUGGAGUCCCACCCGGCUAAGGAUUACAGCGGAAAGGAUAUCCUUAUUGGAGUGACCUCUAUUGGCAUUGUGGUUUUUCAAAAUAAUAUUCGAGUCAACACAUUCUCUUGGAGUAAAAUUGUCAAGAUUUCCUUCAAGAAGAAACAGUUUUUCAUACAACUGAAGCGAGAAUCAUCUGAAUCCUACGACACGGUAUUAGGAUUCAAUAUGCGUUCUGGACGCGCGGCGAAGGCCCUCUGGCGAUGCAGCGUGGAGCGUCAUGGCUUCUUCAGACUCAGAGCUCCACGUCGCAGGCCCCUUUUGGGGGCUCUAGGGGCGCUAGCUGGGGUCACAGCACCAACUGUAGCUAGGACUGAAACGCAGGCUCUCGAAGAUGCGAGGCGGUCUAGAUCGAGUAAUCGGAGUUUUGUUAGACGCAGCAGUUCACGUAAUCGUGACCGAUCAGCAGGUGAAUCUCCCGCGUUGGUCGUGACCUCAUCAGCUAGAGGGUCUAAAGUCACGGGUCACGGGGAACCGCCGCCAAGACAGGCCUGGAGUGAUGCACCGCCAUUGGAGAAUGAAGACAGCGAUGGAGGAUUUCUGGAGCGAUCUCUGGCUCUCCGCGUUCCGCUGUCGUAUGUAGACGAGUCGGAAUCGGAAUCGGCCGCGGAACCCGAACAGGAUAGCGAAGCUGUCUGUGUCCGACUCAGUGCGGGACCGGAUGGCCGAUUCGGAUUCAAUGUCCGCGGCGGAGGGAAUAAUACUCCUGUGUUAGUUUCGAGGGUAGCGCCAAGGACAAGGGCACAUUUGCAGGAAGGAGAUCAGGUGAUAUCGAUAAACGGCAAAGAUGUCGAUGAAAUGACUCACGAUCAAGUGGUUCAAAUGAUUAGAAAUACCAAGGGUGUUCUAACAUUGUUGGUGAAACCUAACGCGGUCUACGAACCCGAAGAGACGGGUCCAGAGGAACCGGCGGUAUGUUUCGUCCCACUCGGAUCAGGCCAAUUCGAGGGAGACGCACUGGAACAGUCCAUGCUCCUGCUGGGAGAUGGUUUGGCGAGUGGUGCGGCUUUACGGCAGUAUGAAACGUUAUUACGGAGAUUGCCUGAAGAGUCUGCGGUUUCCAAGUUACCGAAUAAUGUUAACAAGAAUCGGUAUAGGGAUAUCGCUCCUUAUGAUUCGACUCGCGUGAUAUUAAAAAAUGGACCAACAGGAGAUUAUAUAAAUGCUUCAUUUAUUAAUAUGGAGAUUCCGAACUCUGAUCUUGUACUCACAUACAUUGCCACUCAAGGUCCUCUAGCCUCGACAGUUGGAGACUUUUGGCAAAUGGUUUGGGAAAGCGAGAGCAGUCUGAUUGUGAUGCUGACGGUACUGGCGGAGCGCGGUAGGGCGAAGUGCCACCAAUAUUGGCCCAAAGUUGGGACCAACCCACUCAAGACUAGCAACUCGUUGACCGUACUAACGAAUAGCGAACAGAAUCUUGGACAUUAUAUCAGACGAGAAUUGGUUUUGAAGGACAAUGGCGGCGCGAGUCGGGCAAUAACUCAGCUGCAGUACACGGCGUGGCCGGACCACGGAGUACCAGAGGACUCCGCUGCCUUCAUUGACUUCACCCGGCUCUGUUCGCAACUCAGGAACCAUCGAGCUGUAAUACCAACCGUAGUGGAAGAAAUGACGGAAGAAGAGCGUAUACUGGAACCGCCAAUGAUCGUCCACUGUUCCGCGGGCGUGGGCCGGACGGGCGCGCUCAUAUUGGCCGAAACCGCGUUGGAACUCGUUGCGAGACGACAGCCUUUAUACCCUCUGGAUCUGGUUAGGACUAUGAGGACUCAACGGCCGAUGUGUAUACAGAAUGCGAGUCAAUACAAAUUCGUAUGCGAAAGCAUCCAAGCAGCGUACUCCCAGGGUCUGAACCAGGAUAACUGAUAGCUGCUACUCCACCCUUCGGGGGACCCCUAUUUACGCAUACUCAUGUAUGGUAUCAGCCUUAUAAGGACACUGUGUUGUAUGGACCUUAGGUGACGUCACACGUGACGCAAAUUUACGUACCAGGUUACCGUCAAAGCAAGACUGAUACUUUUGUGCAUUGUAAAAUAUACCUUAACACAAAGAUAUACAUACAAAUAUUCAAAAUGACCAAUCUAUGUGAAAUAUGAACGGAAACAAACGCGAAUUUACAAUUUGUCACAAUAAAGUCACAGCUUAGAUUUACUUUAAAUUAACACGUCGUGGAUACAAGUCUUUUGGCCGAAAUUUAAAUGUCAUGUUUAAUCUGUUAUUUGUAGCAAUUUUUACUGGAUUUUUUACAAGUAUUGUAGAUAAUAUCUAUUAUGUGUGUUAUAAUUUCGCGUUUUAUUCUAUAAAGUGUUAAUUAAAAUCUUAUCAUAAAUACUUCCGUCACUUUGAUAUGUCAAUAUCUUUCGAAUCUGUCAUUUUUGGAUUGUUUUUAAAAGUUUUGACACUAAUUCUGCACUUUGUAUCAAUGUUUUUUGGAAGUCUUGUUCACAGCGCACAUUAUGAAUAUACCCUCAUUAUGAAAAACUUUAAUAAUUCAAUGUUAAUAAAUUUACUUUGGCCUCGAAAACUAUGCUUUUAUAGGAAGUGAAAUUUUUAACUACCCUCAAUUCUAGAUAGCAAAUUUUGUUAAAACUAAAUUAAAAAAACGUGGCAUUGGGGUAUUUAAACAAACUUAUGGCUAACUUGAUAGUUUUCAUAGAAAAAUGGAAAUAGUAUUUUUUGUCCCCGGAAAUCGAACCUAAUAUUUUAUGAUGUAGAUAGACACAUAGAUGGUGUCCCCUUCAAAAAGUGUUCAAAAUUUCAUUCUAUAAAAAUUAUUAAUAAAUCAAAUUGAUUUGAAUAAUCUCGAAUCAAAAGUACAUAUCAAUAAGAAUUAGGAUUAGGAAUUUAUUUAUUUGAUUUUUUUGUAAAGUACCCACAUCGAAACUACCCUCAAUUUUGUAACUUUUUUCUAAGCUCUCUUAAUUAAGUAUUUAGUUAUUUACUUCGAUUACAGUUUUUAAAAACUUUU